GCUUCCUAUGUGACCGGCUGGUUCGGCUACGCGGGUGCCAUCUUUGCGAGUGCCAGUGUCGCCCUCAGUCUGGGAUCCGGUGUUGUGGGCAUGUGGGAGCUGGGUCAUCCCUCCUUGUAUGAUCCCUCAAACUUCCCUUCCACGGGUAUCUCCCUGUAGUGCUGACCCCGAUGCUAGUGUCCCCAAACCGUGGCAUACAGUUGUAGCAUACGAGCUUAUCAACCUCUUCUGCUACCUGUUCAACUGCUGGGGCAAGAUCCUUCCCGCGGUCGCCAAGGCGACGCUGUACAUCUCGCUGCUCUCAUUCUUCGUGAUUUUGGUGACGGUGCCGGCCUGCGCCAAGCCGCACGCCAGCGCUUCGUUUGUCUUCGGUCACUUCGUCAACUCGACGGGUUGGAAGUCGGACGGGAUUGCCUUCAUCGUCGGACUGAUCAACCCCAACUGGAUCUUCGCUUGUCUGGAUUCCGCAACGCACCUGGCGGAGGAAGUGCCGCAGCCGGAGCGCAACAUCCCCAUCGCGAUCAUGGCGACGGUGGGAAUUGGGUUCGUGACCGCCUGGUUCUACUGUGUGGCCAUGUUCUUCAGCAUCCAGGACCUGGACGCGCUGCUCAACUCGUCCACGGGUGUCCCCAUCCUGGAGCUGUACUACCAGGCGCUUAGCAACAAGGCUGGAGCUAUUGUGCUGGAGACGCUGCUGAUCGUCACGGGUAUGGGCUGCCUGAUUGCCUGCCACACUUGGCAGUCGCGUCUGGCGUGGGCCUUUGCCCGCGACCGUGGUGUUCCCUGCCACCAGUGGGUGUCGACCGUCAACGUCAAGCUGGACGUGCCCAUGUGGGCGCACUUUGCGAGCUCGUUGAUCGUCGCGCUGCUGGGUCUGCUCUACCUCGGCUCGUCCACCGCGUUCAACAGCAUGGUUACCGCCUGUAUCGCUCUGCUGUACAUUUCGUACUCCGUGCCGGUGAUCUGCAUGCUGUACCGUGGUCGCGACAACAUCAAGCACGGCCCCUUCUGGUUGGGCAAGUGGGGAUUGGCCGCCAACUAUAUCACUCUGGCAUGGACUCUGUUCUGUCUGGUCAUGUACUCCUUCCCUUAGCCUCGAAACUUAGCCACUAACCAAUCCUCAGAUAUGAACUAUGUCUCCGCCGUCUACGGCGUCAUAAUUUUCAUCAUCCUCGUUGACUGGUUCGCCCGCGGUCG